AUGCAUUGACUGCAAAAGGAAUCAUAGGAUAGUCACAAGACAUAAACACACAGUCAUUUACCACUGGAGGAAGAAAGGAAUAAACCAUGGCUUUAUUACUAUUACUAACUGCUGUCAUUCUUGUUUCAGCCCAAGGUGUUCUGACUGUUCUCUCUCAAUGUACUGGUAGUAAAAUAUGCCUUCUUUACAAAACUGGUAAUAAUGAAAAGGGAUCCCCUAUUGCAACAAAAUCUUCAUACUUUUGGUACGACCCUCUCGUCAAGAACUGUGUGCUGCUUGAGGAAGAUUGCUCGAUACGUAACGAAAAUUCAACUUUCACUUCACUCGAGAAUUGUCGGAAUAUUUGCAAAGUCCCACUGGAUCCAGUCAAAAAUUGUAAUGAUGACAACAAACUUGGCAAUUGCGAUGAAGAUUUACCACCAACUUCAACCAGAACCACAAAUCAUUCAUCAAAGAGGAACUACAUGUCAAUAGUUGUAGCUGUUUCUGGCAGUGUUGGCGUCAUAGCUCUUGUUGCAAUCAUGAUAGCAACAGCAUUUUCAUUGAAGAGACGAAAGACGACUGUAAAUCGUAGGAAGAAGCUAGACAACAUGCUGACAAUGCUUUCAGAUCCCAACGGUAAUUCUAGUAGCGAUGAUGAUCUCUUUGGAGAUGAUCCAGAAGACGACAACCUCUUUGAUAGAUUAGAGCGCCAGCACUUGUGACAAUAAGAAAUUAUUAUUUAUCCAUUAUAGUGUGUUUCCUGGAGUAAUGCAUCACCCUGUAAUACACAAUACUAUAUUCAUGCUCAUACCUAUUGCCUAUUAAUAUAA